AUGCCGUCGCGGAAGCGCCAACAUUCGCCCAUCCGCCGGAAGGGGCGCCCGGAAAAGCUUGCCAAGAUCGACGUGCCGUUGCUGCAACUCCCGGCCAACAUCUUCAACAACAUUGUGCGAUUCCUGGAUGCCCCAUCCCUCGUUCAACUCGCCAAAUCCCACGCCCUCCUCGAGAAGAUGGUGCGCGGCGCCGAGAAGCACUGGAGCGAGGUGUAUCUGGCUAGCGGAUCUUCUUCUUUGAUGUGCAUCGAUUAUGACUGCUUCGACGACCCGGCUGACACCGAGCUCCUCUUCUCCAACGCCAAGGUCGACAAGUUCACGCGGGACGAGCCGGUGCGCGACGCUCGCCAAUUUAUCGAUCUGCCCACCGUGCUGAUGCGCGAAAUUCUGAAGUCGCUCGAUGAUUGGACGACUUUGGAGGUCGAAAAGGUACACGACCGGCUGGCCGCUUGUUGCAAGAAGUCACCAAUCGACGUGGUGCGCGAUUGGCAGCGAGCCAGCGACGAUGACGGCAUUUUCGAGACCGCGUGGGCAGUUCAAGGGGAUGGCGGCUGGGUGGAGGUUCGCGACAAGGACAGCCUCAUCGGAAAGCACGUUCACUCCUUCAAGUUCUGGGGAGACGGCAGCUACUGGGGUGGUUGGUUCCGGUUCCGCCCGACGUUCACCUCCCACAAUUUCUACUAUCUGCUGCCGUGGUGCUCCGAGCGGCCAAUCAACGCGACUCAUUUGAUCGAGUACAAGCGGAUGUACGAAACGCUGAAGCCGGAAAACGCGUACACGAGCUACGUGAUGGAUUGCAAAGAGGUUUUCCGCUCGCUGAACGGCUCGCUGGCCGUCGACUAUGCCGAAAACAAGAAGCAGAUGGCGAUCGUGAAGGGAUGGCACGUGCCCCGGCUCGGCAUCGGCAUUGUCGACAAUGAGGGGAUUGUCAGCCAAUUUCUCCUGGACUAUAUCGACGAAUGGCUGGCCGGCGAACGCGAAAUCGAGGCGCUGUGGGUGCGGCCCGGCUGGAGCGUGCCCCUCGAAGGCCCUGAGGCGCAUAAAGAAGGAUAUUACGAGCUGGCCGAGAUGCCCAACGUCAUCCAGAAAUACGCGCUGACCAUUGAUGCUAAAGGCAUCGUUCGAGGACAGCUGAAGCGAGAGAAGGAUGGAAAGAUGCUGGCGUUGAGGGCGCGUGAGACCCACAUCAUUCUGCAGGCCCCCGGCGCGGAGAUGUUCUUCUUGAAUGGCAUCAGCGGAGGCGGCCAUUUUGUCGCUCCCGAUUUC